AUGGUACGCCUUGUCGCUUUCGGUCUCCCUUUUUGUGCUAUUCGGUGCGGGAGACUCUCUCUCUUCCUCCGCUUGGUGCUAUCUUGUCCUCGCACACGUGAACAGUCCCUCGAUGUCCAGUCUUAUGUCCUGGCGGCGCUGACCGCGACCGGCGGCGUCAUUGGCUUUGCCAGAACGGGUUCUGUGCCCUCUGUUGUUGCCGGCGUGGCCGUGGGUGUCCUGUACGGCCUCGGCGGCUUGCGGCAGCAGAACCGCCAGCCGUAUGGCGUCGAGCUUAGCCUUCUCGCCUCGGUCGUCCUGGGCGGCGCGUCGAUCCCGCGUGCCAUCCGCCUGCGCAAGCCGGUGCCAGUGAUGCUCAGUCUGAUCGCUGCCUACGGCCUGUACAAGUUCGGCAGCGCCUACUUCCGCAGACCAUAG